AUGGUACUUGGCCUUUUACCAGCGUCUCUUGCGGCUAUCGCGUUUGCGGGCAGUGGGCUGUGUAGUUCUGACUUUAUUACACCUGAAUUAUCGAAGGACCCUUGGUCUGAGAAUCAAGUGUAUGGAAUCAAGGACGAGAUUGAAAUAAAAUGGAAAACGGACCAUGAAGGCUGCAAUCUCUUUCUGUGGCAAGACUAUCCGAAAUUGGCUGUGGAAUGGUACAGCAAAUUGUUGGAAAAUACAACUGAGAAUUCUCACGUUUGGAACGCAAGUUCUAGUAGUUCCUCUCCAGGCUCCGAAGAUACUGUCUUUCACUUUGCUCUAUACUCUUCAGACAAGGAUAUCCCACUCGCGAAUUCCGGAUCCUUUAACAUCUCAGGAACGAAUUCCAAAAAGCUAGAGGCAUCGUCUGCCUCAAACUCAACACAAGUUUCUACAGCGUCUCAAGCAUCAGAAACCUCGACGAGUUCCACAGAGACGACUCAUCAUUCAGUGGCCAACCCAGAAAGCAAUCCAGGUUUAUCCACGGCGGCAUUGGUGGGAGUUUCAGUCGGUGUCACAGUAGCGGGCCUUUUGAUUUCCGGGGGCGUGGGCUUAUGUUUAUGGAGACGCUUCACGCGUAGACGAACAACGGAACGAGUGGAUAGCAUUGAGAAGUCCGAUUUUGAAAAGUCUGAGCUGGGCAACACGCAAAUAUUGCAAAUAGGAAGUUCAGAGCUUGAUAGUACGAGGGAUGCAGCUGAACUUUGGGAUACGCAAAAGCCGGGAGAGCUUGGGGAUGAGAAUAAGAUACGAACGAUAUAUGGACUUCAUGAGGCUCCGUAG